GUGUCUGCCGCUGCGGCCGGUGUAAACACUGGGACUCGGAGCCGCCGCUCUCCCCAUCCCCAGGCCGCACUCAUGGCGUUCGUGACGGCCAAUUGGAAUCCUCUCGGCGAUGUAUUUUACAGGAAAUUUGACCUGUACUCUGAAUGGAUGAUAAAAGAAGACAUCAGUAACUGUUUAAUUGCAGCUGCACCAUAUGCUGGCCCAAUUGCUUUGAUGAUCAAUGGAUCACGUAAGGAAAAAUCUCCAAGCUUACGGCCUGUCAUGGAAAUCUACUCUUCAUCAGGAAAUCGAAUAGUUUCCUUCCCAUGGAUAAGUGGCCUGGUGGUUCACAUUGGGUGGACUACCAGUGAGGAUUUGCUCUGCAUACAAGAUGACGGAACUGUUCUGAUUCAUGACAUUUUUGGGACAUUUAAGCGACACUUCAGCAUGGGGAAUGAGGUGUUACAGAAUCGAGUCAUGGAGGCCAAGGUUUUUCUCACUGCUUAUGGUUCAGGUGUUGCCAUACUAACUGGUGCUUUUAGGUUCACACUUGCCACAAAUAUAGAUGACCUCAAACUCCGACGACUUCCUGAAGUUCCAGGACUGCAGCACCCACCAACAUGCUGGGCUGUAUUAAUACAAGAUCGACAGACCAAAAUUGUUCUGGCUAAUGGGAAGGAUUUAUAUAUCUUAGAUAAUGCUUCCUGCAUAUCUGUUACUCCUCCUGGCCUUGGACCGCAAGUCUGCUCGUUUACCCAAAUUGCUAUUUCAUUCAAUUAUAAAAGGCUUGCUCUAUUUACAGACACUGGUAACAUUUGGAUGGGUUCUUCAUCAUUGAAGGAUAAAUUGUGUGUGGUUGACACAAACUUCCAAACACCGCCUAAACAGUUUGCCUGGUGUAAUAGACCUAAAAGUAACAAUCCAUCUGUAGUUGGUAUUUGGGACAACCUACUUUUGAUAGCAGGGAAUUCAAAGGAGACCAUUAAAUUUUAUCAAGAUGAAGAUGUUCACUUAGUCCCUGAGGUUGAUGGUGUUCGCAUCAUUGGUUCUUCCAGCCAUGAAUUUCUACAUGAGGUCCCAACUGCUUGUCAAGAUAUUUUCAAAAUUGCCUCAAUGGCACCUGGUGCACUUCUGCUGGAAGCUCAUAAAGAAUAUGAGAAAGAGAGCCAGAAGGCAGAUGAGUAUUUACGAGAGAUAAAGGAGCAAAACCUCUUGUUUGAGGCCGUACAGCAGUGCAUUGAGGCAGCAGGCAAUGAGUAUGAACCUGAGAUGCAGAAGACUCUGCUGAGGGCCGCUUCUUUUGGUAAAUGCUUCAUCAGCAACUUUCCACCAGAUACAUUUGUGAAGAUGGCCCGAGAUUUACGGGUGUUGAACGCCAUUCGAGACUAUACCGUCGGCAUCCCUCUCAGUUAUCCCCAAUAUAAGCAGCUCACUAUUGAAGUUCUAAUAGACAGAUUAGUUUUGCGUAGACUCUAUCCCCUUGCAAUAAGGAUUUGUAAGUACAUGAAAAUAUCAGAAUUUCAGGGAGCAAGUCGGAUCUUGGCUCACUGGGCCUGCUAUAAGGUCCAGCAGAAGGAAGAGCCUGAUGACAGCAUUGCUCGUGCAAUCAACAACAAACUUGGUGACACUCCUGGGAUUUCCUAUUCCGAAAUUGCUGCCAAGGCUUAUGAAUGUGGUAGAGCAGAGCUGGCAAUAAAGCUUUUAGAAUAUGAGCCAAGGUCUGGUGAGCAGGUGCCCUUAUUGUUGAAGAUGAAAAGGAGUCAAUUGGCACUACUUAAAGCAAUAGAAAGUGGAGACACGGAUUUAGUGUAUACUGUUGUGACAUAUCUAAAGAAUGAGAUGAACAGAGGAGAUUUUUUUAUGACACUCCAGAAUCAACCAGUUGCACUGAGUCUUUAUCGUCAGUUCUGUAAGCACCAGGAGCCAGAGACACUCAAAGAUCUAUUCAACCAGGAUGACAAUCACCAAGAGCUUGGGAAUUUCUAUGUGCGUUCCAGUUAUUCCAAUGAAACGACAAUCGAGGGCCGAGUAGCUGCUUUGCAGAGUGCUGUGGACGAAUAUAAUAAAGCUAAGAAUGAAUUUGCUGCCAAGAUCACAGAAGAACAGAUAAAAUUGGUGCGAUAUCAGUUUCGCUUGCAGAAAGAAUCUGGAGAAACGUAUCUAGAUUUAUCCUUACAUGAAACUGUUUACACAUUGUUAUUGGAAAGCAAGCACAAACAAGCUGAACAGCUUUACAAAGACUUCAAAAUUCCUGACAAAAGGUUUUGGUGGCUGAAGAUUGCUGCACUGGCAAUGAAAGAAGACUGGGAGGAACUUGAGAAAUUUUCUAAAAGCAAGAAGUCCCCAAUAGGAUAUAUGCCUUUUGUUGAAAUCUGUGUGAAGCAUCGUAACAAGAAUGAGGCUAAGAAAUACGUAGCAAAGGUCAGUCCAGAGCAGAAAGUGAAAGGAUAUAUAAUGGUUGGAGACCUAGAACAAGCUGUGGAAACUGCAACAGAACGCAAGAAUGAAAGCGAGUUGAACACUAUUCUUUCAAAGUGUACACCAGCCACUGAUCAGUUAAUUAUAGAAAAAAUUAACCGAGCAAAAGCUCAGAUUUUAAAGAAAUAAGAUACUUUUCAAAGAUGACAUUCAGUGUUUGACCAUGUUCCCCACUGAUCAUGAGUUAGUUGUCUGUUUUUUUAAUGCUUGAAUAUAUGUUCAUUGCUAAUCUCAUGUACAGUUCUGUUUGAAAUACAAAUACUCAUGUGGAUAUGAAUGAUAAAAUGGCAAAUUAUUGAAACAUGAAAAAGUUGAAAUACUUUAAUUUAACAUUUGUGUCACCAUAGAAAUGCUGAUUAUGCACAUGUUUUAGAUUUCUCUUGUACGGUAAAAUAUUACCUUUAAAUCUGAUAUUAGAGACUGCACCGAUGUGUAAGUGACUUAAAACUAAGUUACUCCAUUAACCAAAAGAAAAUCAGUGAAAAAUGAAGGAGACUAAAAGCACAGUUAAUUAUGUUUGUAUUUAUUCUGCUUUAAGACAAGACACAAAUGUCUUCGUGGACUUUUGGUAUAGUAAUAGAUUAAAAUUAUAUUUAAAAUCAUUAUAAUUUCUUAUUUCUGCAAAAUCAGGAGAAGCAAGUACAGAAUUGAAAAGCUUCUAUUUGGAGAGAACGUGGUAGUAUAUUUGACAAGUCCCUGGAAAGAUAGUUUCUUUAACUAACUGCCUUCGCUCAAUCCAGUUGAUUAGAGAUCUCUGAACCAAGGAUAUUUUGCUUGUAAAACACAACUUAUAAUUGUCACACUAUACUUAAUAGCUUAAUCGUCAAUGAUGCUGAUUUGUGUUAAUAUGUAACUACAGAAAGAGAGGAGUAUUGCAGUGAUAAAUAUCUAUCAUAUAAAUGUUCCUGUGUUUUGCUGUAAUUUUGAAGGAACCAUUUGAAUAAACAUUUCUUUGUUUUGCUGUCA